AUGGAUGAUGUGGAUAUAUCCGACGUAAUCCGGACCAAGGACCAGCUAGUGCAGGAUCUGCUGCCGCCUAUAGCCGACCACGGAGUCCUCAUACCCCUCAAAACCACUCUCGAGAUUCGAGACGACCAUGUAUACGGCCAGGCUCUCAUCACGCGCGCUCCCCUCAAGGCUACUAGCUCGGUGGUCAAGUACGCCAUGUUGCAUAACGUGUUACCAGAGGAUGUUGUUAAGGGCAUGUCUCACCUCCGUCGAUGCUCCAAGCCGUGCGACUUACCAGUACACCUCAAGUCGCAGUUCAUGAACGAGAUGGUUCAGACACGACAGAUGCACACGGGCAAAGCUCCGUACGUUUACAUAAUGAUUGGUCUGGAGUCUCUUUUCGAGUUGGAGGAUGUAUUUGAUCGGCUUUCCAAGAUCGAGGGCAUGGACGAAGAAGAUGUGUUCAUGGCUAGCAUCCCCGUUCCGCUGCUUCCUCCGACAUCACAGGUCCAAGCUGCUCUCUGGUGCAAUCAUUUCUGGCCUACAGUAUAUCGAAAGAAUAACCCUCUCGGUCCGCAUCCUAGCAUAGUAGCCAGGGCAACAGACGAGGUUUCUUCAGACGCGGCUAUAUGGAUGGCCCUCGCUCACAAGGUGGCAAGUAAAACGCUUGCAGCUGGGUUCGGCAUAGCGGUCGGUGCGUGCAUCGUCCAGCGCUUGGAAACCGGCGAGACCAAGCUUGUUGCCCUGGCGGGGGAUGCUCGGUGGUCUCACCAACCAGGCGGACAGGAGACUGGCUGCUGUACCGGAAACCCUAUGGCUCAUGCUGUGCUCCGAGCCAUCAGUAUGGUGGCACGCAAGCUGGUACGUGCCGAGAACCGACAGGGUCCCUCGCUUUCGAACGCGCCGCUAUCUGUGGAUUUCGAUCCGUUCCAGGACGAGCCGAUGCUCGACGAGGAACGCAGGGUCUUCGAUGACGAUCACCCAUCGCCGGAAGGGUAUCUCUGCCAUGGCCUUGAGCUCUAUCUGACCCACGAGCCGUGCGUAAUGUGCUCUAUGUCGAUCCUGCACUCGCGCAUGGGCAAAGUCAUUCUUGCUCAGCGAAUGCCACUUACGGGCGGAAUCUGUUCCGAGGACCGCAUUUUAGAUGAGAGCAUGUAUCCUGGGCUCACCGAUAGACUCGGCGGUGGUCACGGUCUUGGUCUCUUCUGGCGCCGUGAACUCAACUGGAGUUUGCUGGGCUGGGAAUGGGAACCGCCGUCUCCUGAACUCGAGCCGGAGACGCUAUCACCCGAAAUCCACGCUUGA